AUGGGGCCGUGGCAGUGGCUGCUGCUCUGUUGCUUUCACGCAACACUGGUCCGUGGCACCAUCCUCACAGGGGACCAGCAGCCACAGGAGAGACUUCUCAGGCCGGCAGGAUGGUCUCCAGCCCCGUCAUCCUCCUGGCUGCCCACGCCAGAGCCGGGAGCAUCGAGGGACUCCGAGGGCUCGUCGGCAGCACUGGCUUUCCUGCAGACAGGCGAUGCGCAGCGGCUGGCCCGGGCCAACUGCAGCCGGGGUGUCACGGCGGGGCCAGCCGGUGCCGGCCCCUCCCUGGCUCUGCGUGCUGCCCUGCGUGCUGCCCCCGAGGCUCUGGCCCACGCCGCCAACUUCCUCAACAUGCUCUUCCAGACCAACGACAUCCGCGAGGCCAGCGUGGCUGAGGACGUGGAGUGGUACCAAGCGCUUGUCCGCAGCCUGGCUGAGGGGCACCCGUGGGUGCGCCGGGCCGUGCUCGCCCUCGAUGCCCACCCACUGGCUGCCAAGCCCCGGCUGAUGCUGCAAGCCACCAAAGGGGAUGGUGAGAUCCUGCUGCAGGACGUCUCUGCUGCCGCCCCCAGCCUCGGCAACCUCAGCUGGGACAACGAGUGGUUCAAUGCCCUCAAGUCCCAGAGGACCCCCAUCCUCCGCAAGCGAGUGCUCAGCAAUGACCUGCGCAGCAUGGAGACCCCAAAGUGGCAGCGAGGGGACAGCUAUGUGGGGGAGCCGGGCCACGUGUGGUGGUCCCCGCCGUUCCUCGAGUGCCGGGACGGCCGGUUCCUGCCCACCUGGGCAGUCACGCUCUCCUCUGCUUUCUACGGGCUCAAGCCAGACCUCAGCCCUGAGUUCAAGGGCGUCGUGCGGGUGGACGUCGAGCUGCGGGACGUUGCCAUCGAUCAGUGUGCCAGCAGUCCGGGCUGGUUCGCAGACACACACCGCUGUGACCUCAACAGCACCCAGUGUGUCCCCCAGGAGAGUCGUGGCUUCGUCCUCGAGAGGUACCUGUGCCGCUGCAAGCCAGGCUUUUACGGGGUCAGAGGAGUGGCCAGCGAUGCCUGGGCAGGUGGCGCGGCGGGGGCUGCUGGUGGGUCCCGGCUGGCGUGCCAGCCCUGCCGCCGAGGAUGUGCCACCUGCGAGGACGAUGCACCCUGCCUGAUCCAGGAGGACCAGGCUCUGCGGACAACUGUCCUCUGCUGCCAGGCCUGCUGCAUGCUGGCUGUCUUCCUCAGCAUGCUUGUCUCCUACCACUUCCGACGGAGCAAGAGAAUCCGGACGUCAGGAGUCAUCCUCCUGGAGACGAUCCUCUUCGGGUCCCUCCUCCUCUACUUCCCUGUCUUCAUCCUGUACUUUAAGCCGAGCAUCUUCCGCUGCAUUGUCCUGCGCUGGGUGCGCAUGCUCGGCUUCACCAUCGUCUACGGCACCAUCACCCUCAAGCUGUACAGGGUGCUGAAGCUGUUCCUGUCCCGCACGUCCCGGCGCGUGCCCUACGUGUCGAGCGGGCGAGUGCUGAAGAUGCUGGGGCUGAUCUUGCUCCUGGUCCUGUGGUUCCUGGCGGCCUGGACCAUUGGGAUGCUGGAGAACAUCGACAAGAACAUCCCGCUGGUGAUCCGCACCCAGACCCCGCGCGGGCUCCACUUCUACAUCUGCAGCCACGACCGCUGGGACUACAUGAUGGUGAUCGCUGAAAUGCUGUUCCUGCUGUGGGGCAGCUUCCUGUGCUAUGCCACACGCGCCGUGCCCUCCGCCUUCCACGAGCCCCGCUACAUGAGCAUUGCACUCCACAACGAGCUCAUGAUCUCUGCUGCCUUCCAUGUGGUCAGGUUCAUCGUGGUCCCCUCACUGCACCCAGACUGGACGCUGCUGCUCUUCUUCGCUCACACCCAUGGCACCAUCACCAUGACUCUGGCGCUGCUCUUCAUCCCGAAGUUCCUUCACGCUGGCUCACCGCUGCGGGAGGAGAUCGCAGCCGAGGUGUACGAGGACGAGCUGGACAUGCGGCACUCGGGCUCCUGCCUGAACAGCAGCUUCGCGUCUGCCUGGAGCGAGCACAGUCUCGACCCCGAUGACAUUCGGGAGGAGCUGAAGAAGCUUUACGCACAGCUGGAGGUGCACAAGAUGCGGCGGAUGGCAGCCAACAACCCUCAUCUCCCCAAGAAGCGCAGCUCCCGCCGCAGCCUGUGCCGCUCCAUCGCCCGCGGCUCCGCCGAGCUGCUCGAGGCCGUGACGCGCCGGAGCAGCGGCGGGGAGUGGGUGGGCACCCCGGCACGCCGCGGCUCCUCGGCCAAGCAGCCCCCUGACGCCAGCAGCACGGGCCUCCAGAUGUGGGAUGACGGCUCCUGGUGCUGUGCCGCAGCCCCGCGUGUGUCCCGCAGCACCGAGGGUCCCACGCGGGAGCUCCCGCGAGGCUCCUCCACCCCCAUCCCACCCCGGGAGGCUGCUCUGGAGAGGGAGACAAUGGCAGUGACCUCCUCAGAGCCAUCUGACAGCGAGUCCCUCGACACUGCCCCACUCAUGUGCAAGUCAGCCAGUGCCCACAACCUGCUGGGGCACGGGCAGCCACUCCUGCCCCGCGCUGCCCCGCUGCAGAAGUCGCUCAGUGUCGUUGCCGGCACACGGGACGAGGCCCUGCUUGCCGCCAGCCGAGCUGUGCGGGAGUGGCACAUGCACCAGCUCCCAUCUGGCCUAUCCUCGGAGCGCUCCACGGUCCAGGGCUCCUGCCCUGCCGAGAAGGCUGCCCAGGAGGACACAGCCCGUCUGGGCAACGGCAAGGUGCAGAAACACGUCACUUAUGCACCCAUCAAGAGCAUCAGUAUCGACAGUUCUCACCUCCCGGGACGGGUGCGAGUGGCAGUGAGGAAAACCCCACCACCGCCCCCUGUUCGCUACCAGAGCCUGGGCCAGCACGCUACACUGCCCAGGGACAGCCCACAGCCACCCACGGAGCCCCCAGCAUGGGUGGGAGAGCCGGAGGCAACACCAGUGGGGAUGGCAGAGGAAGACUUGGGGCAAAUGGCCUCCCCAUCAAGGAAGGGCAGGCUGCUGACUGCAGCCUCCAUCCCGGCACAGGUCUGCCCCUGGGAGCUGGUCCAGGAGGAGAUCCUGAGCCAGAAGCAAAAAGCUGCAGAAGCAGCAGACUCUGGGACCCCCAGUGAUGUUGGGACCAGCCUCCUUGGCAUCAAGCCACUCCCUCAGAAAAGCUCCCUCCGAGGCCUGGGACUCGCCCUCAAGGCUUUCAACCGCUCCAGGGGGAAAAGCAUCAUAAAGUGGAAGCAGGAAGGCGAGGGGAGCCAGGGGAAGAAGGAGCAGGAGGAGGGCAGCAGGAAGGAGAGGCUCAGCCUGGAAAAGACCUCAACGGUGACCCUGAGGGAGGUCAGCCAAGACCUUGCUACCAAAAGCCCCGAGGGCAGCAGUCAGAGGCCCAGCAGUGAGCCCACAGCCCUGCCAUGGCCAGGGGAUACAGUCCUCUGCCAGCACAACAACAAUGCUGGCACCGCCUGGGGAGCCAUAGGCUGGGGGGACAAUGGGGCAGGACAGUGGGACAGCUCAGCCCCAGGGACAGGUGAUGGUGAGACAUUGGCAGAGGAGCCCAGAACUUCCCAGGGAGACAUGGAUGCUGGCAGGAGCCUGGAGCCACCCUUGGGGGUGCACGAGGUCCCACUGGAUGUUGGCUACCAAGAAGCAGCUGAACAUCCCCAUGAAACCCCAGAGGCACCCAGCAGUGGGGAAGCACAGCUACAUCCCUGGGAAGGGGCUCAGGCUCCUGCUGUGGAGCUGGGGAAGGAUGUUCCUGCAGCCAGCACGAGGCUGAGUGCACCAAAGGAAGAGGUGGCCAGAUUGGCUGAAGGGCUCAAGGUGAGCAGCAGGUCCAUCCACCACAAGGACCACACAGAGGAGGAGCAGCCACAUGCAAAACCCGUCACAAGCAGCACCAUGAGCAGCAGCGACCCAUCCUCUGCCGCUGAGAAGCUGGGGGCUGAGGUUUGUCCCUGGGGAGCCUCGGGAAUCCCAGCAGGACGAGGAGCCCUGCUGCGCCAGGAGGCCAUUGCUUCCCCAGAGGAUAGCAGGGUGCUGCCAGGCAAGGAGAGCCCAGACAAGGUGCUGCAGAAGGGGGACAGCCCCCUUGAGCCCCUCGGUCCUGGGGAGAGCCAGGGUGCAGAGGUGGCCCUGGCUACAGCAGGGAAACCUGGCAGGGCCAUGGGCAGACAGGCAGAGGUCUGUCCUGGGGAAACCAGGGCAGAUUCCAGCAGUAAAACUGAAAUCUGCCCCGGGGAGGAACAGGACAGAGCCCCAGGGAAAGGCAGCAGCGAGAGGGAUCCCAGCUGCCCUGGGGAAGAGCCAGGUGUGGAGAAACCACGAGCAAAAACCCCAGAGCUGCUGAAAGUGGCUUCAGAGAAAACAGGCAGUGUGGAGGGCAGGAGGGCUGAGGUUUGUCCAUGGGAGACUGGGGAAGGGGAAAAGACUGUCAGAGCAGAAAUUUGCCCCUGGGAUGCAGAGGGGGCUCAGCUGGAGAAGGAAGGGGAAGGUGCAGAGCAGCCCAUCAUGAGUCUCUCAGCAAAACAUCCAGCUCUAGACAAAACAUCAUCCAAGCAAGGAAGAACCAUUGAUAGCAAAAAGUCUGACAUCUGUCCAUGGGAAGUGGAGGGUGAGCCCCUUGCUAAAACAGAAGUCUGCCCUUGGGAAGAGCCUGCAGCUCCACUGGGGAAGGGGAAACCUGGUCAGGACAUGCGUGGGAUUUUCAAAAGGGAAAACAAACCAGGAUCUGUAGGACCAGAAGACAUCAAGCAGUUGCCAGAAAAGCCCCAUGCAGGGAUCCCAGCACUGCCCAAAUCACCUUCAAAGGAAUCCCCGAGCACAGAGAGCCUGAAGGCAGAGGUCUGUCCUUGGGAGCUCAAAUCCAGUGAUAAAGCAGAGAUCUGUCCCUGGGAAUCACCUUCAAAGAAAUCCCAGAGCACAGAGAGCCUGAAGGCAGAGGUCUGUCCUUGGGAUGCUCCAGAGCCCAUGUCCACUGAUAAAGCAGAGAUCUGCCCCUGGGAAGUGGCUGCUCCACCACUGGGUGAAGGGAAAGCAAGACAGGAUAAAGAUGCUCUGUCUGUAGAGAGCAGGAGCCCCUCUGCAGGUCAAGAGACUGAAGACAGCAUGACUGCAAAGAUGGAGAAAAAAACCAGAGACCGUGAGUCCAUCUGCCCCUGGGAGAGCACAGACACAGAAACCUCCUCCACAGGCACAGAGCAGCCUCCAGAUAAAACAUGCACCAGGAGCACAAUGCUGCCCAAGUCAUCCUCAAAGUCCCAGAGCACAGAGAGUCUGAAGACAGAGGUCUGUCCUUGGGACGCACCAGAGCUGACAUCCACUGAUAAAGCAGAGAUCUGUCCCUGGGAAGUGGCUGCUCCACCAUCAGGUAAAGACAAAGCAAGACAGGAUAAAGAUGCUCUGUCUGCAGUGAGCAGGAGCCCCCCUGCAGGUCAAGGGCUCCACAAAGACAUUGGAGAGAGUUUGUCUGGAAAACAGGGGACAAAAAGAGACCGUGAGUCCAUCUGCCCCUGGGAGAGCAAAGACACAGAGCAGCCUCCAGAAAAGCCCCAUGCAGGGGACACAGUGCUGCCCAAGUCACCUUCAAAGAAGUCCCACAGCACAGAGAGCCUGAAGGCAGAUAUCUGUCCCUGGGAAGUGGCUGCUCCACCAUCAGGUAAAGACAAAGCAAGACAGGAUAAAGAUGUUCUGUCUGCAGUGAGCAGGAGCCCCUCUGCAGGUCAAGGGUUCCACAAAGAGACUGAAGACAAAAUGACUGCAAAGAUGGAGAAAAUAAACAGAGACCGUAAGUCCAUCUGCCCCUGGGAGAGCACAGACACAGAGCAGCCUCCAGAAAAGCCCCGUGCAGGGGACACAGUGCUGCCCAAAUCACCUUCAAAGAAAUCCCACAGCACAGAGAGCCUGAAGGCAGAGGUCUGUCCUUGGGAUGCUCCAGAGCCCAUGUCCACUGAUAAAGCAGAGAUCUGUCCCUGGGAAGUGGCUGCUCCACCACCAGGUAAAGACAAAGCAAGACAGGAUAAAGAUGUUCUGUCUGCAGUGAGCAGGAGCCCCUCUGCAGGUCAAGGGUUCCACAAAGAGACUGAAGACAAAAUGACUGCAAAGAUGGAGAAAAUAAACAGAGACCGUAAGUCCAUCUGCCCCUGGGAGAGCACAGACACAGAGCAGCCUCCAGAAAAGCCCCGUGCAGGGGACACAGUGCUGCCCAAAUCACCUUCAAAGAAAUCCCACAGCACAGAGAGCCUGAAGGCAGAGGUCUGUCCUUGGGAUGCUCCAGAGCCCAUGUCCACUGAUAAAGCAGAGAUCUGCCCCUGGGAAGUGGCUGCUCCACCACCAGAUAAAGACAAACCAAGACAGGAUAAAGAUGUUCUGUCUGUAGAGAGCAGUAGCCCCUCUGCAGGGCAAGGGCUCCACAAAGACAUUGAAGACAGCAUGACUGCAAAGAUGGAGAAAAUAAACAGAGACCGUGAGUCCAUCUGCCCCUGGGAGAGCACAGACACAGAGCAGCCUCCAGAAAAGCCCCGUGCAGGGGACAUGGUGCUGCUCAAGUCACCUUCAAAGAAAUCCCAGAGCACAGAGAGCCUGAAGGCAGAGGUCUGUCCUUGGGACGCUCUAGAGCCCAUAUCCACUGAUAAAGCAGAGAUCUGCCCCUGGGAAGCAGCUGCACCUCUGCCAGAGGACAGGGCAGCCCUAGGUGCGACAAGACUCCCACCAAAACAGGCCGGUGCUCCCAAACCACGGGAGAAAAGCAGCAGUGAGCACGAGGCCAUCUGCCCCUGGGAGAGCCUGGGCACAGAGGAGCCGUCCCCAAAAACUGCAAUGGAGAAAGAGCUGUCUGGGAAGUCCGACAGCAUAGAGAGCAGGAAAUCUGAGAUUUGCCCCUGGGAAGCAGCAGAGCCCACCGGCACGGAGAAGGAAAGCUUCAAGCCAGGUGUGCACCCACAGGGAGAUGACAGAGCAUCCCCCUCCAGGAUGGGAAGGUCAAAGCCGUUGGCAGAAGUCAGCACCGUGUCUGCAACAGUUCUGCUGAAAGAAUCCAAGGGCAGAUCCGAGAGUGAGGCCAAGCACAAGCCCCUGUGCCGCGUCCUGCCAGGCGUCCAGCCCUCGUGGGGCCUCAGGGCAGAGCUGCUGCCUCAGGGAGCCAGCACAGCUCCCACGGCGGGCUGCAGCCCCAGCACGGGCAUUGCCAUAGCUGGGGUUUGUCCCUGGGAAGAGGCUCCAACAGCAUCUGACACGACCAGCACAGACAGAGAAAAAACCUCUGAGGUGUGUCCAUGGGAGGUGGAGAGCACAGAUGCCCCCGUGACCCUCCAUGGACAGGCCAGAGCCGGGGCCAGCCCCCAGGACAGUGGUGGGGGUAUGAGUGAAACCAAAGCUGAUGUCUGCCCCUGGGACAAUGAGUAG